GACCAAUAUGUCUCGACAUGGUCAAGGCCUUUCUUAUUUUUUGAUGCAGUUCCUCGUGUUAUGUCUGGGAAAGUGGGUCGGUCCCACAUAUAAGGGGGUGUCUUGCAAACAUUCCCCUCUUUCGAGUCACGACAUAUCCUCACUCACACACAUGCUCGCUCAAAAAAUGGAUUCGCCACUCCGCCACGAACUCAAUCUCGCACUUGGGCUAGCUCGCCAAGCUGCCUUGAUCAGCCGGACCGUCUUAUCUGGGUUCCUUCUCACUCACCAGAAAAGCGAGGUUGAUUCGGUAACAAAAAGCGACUUCAGCCCCGUUACUGUGGCCGACUUUGCCAUUCAGGCCCUUCUGGCUGGCACCCUCAGUAAGGCAUUCCCCGACGAUGGGCUAGUGGGUGAGGAAUCGGCAGACGAGCUAAGGAAAGACCCUCGACUGCUGCAAAAGGUUGCGGCCGUGUUAAAAGUCGCAAAAGGCUGGGAGGCAAGAGACGAGAAUCAUGUGUGUGAUGUCAUUGACCUCUGCAAAGGCGAGGGGAAGGGAAGGACGUGGGUAUUUGAUCCCAUUGAUGGCACCAAGACAUUCCUCAAGGGGCAGCAAUAUGCCAUCAAUGUUGCCUUGUUGGCAGAAGGGGAAGGUUGGCGGGGCAGGGAGGAAGUCAUGAGUGUGGUUGCUUGUCCGCUCUUGGACUGGACGCUGGGAGCCAUGGGGGAAGCAACGGUGAUAAAUGACGCGUCUGUGGACAAAACAGGGAAAGGGGCAGUGAUAUACUGUGUCAAAGGCCAUGGGGUUUUCGUCGAACCAUUGUUCAACAAGACAGACGACGAAAAGCCGAGACGGGUCCCUCAACAUGCAGGCCAAGUCACGGCAAUCGAGGAACUGAAGAGUGUGACCUGCUGGCAGAGUCUAGACUCGGGAGUUGACACGAUGCAUGAAAGGGUAGCUGAAAGACUGGGCAUGGACUUUCCGGGGAACGACCUUCUCGGGUGGGUAAAUCGAUGGGUGUGCCUUGCGCUUGGCCUAGCAAACACCACGAUAUGGGUAUACAAAAAGAGAGAGAGAAAGGCAAAAAUAUGGGAUCAUGCGGGUGCCAUGCUUCUUUUUAAGGAGGUUGGUGGCAAAAUUACGGAUGUUGAUGGGAAAGAUAUCGAUUUGACCCAGGGGAGGCUGUUGGGCCAAAAUUUCGGCUUCCUGGCGGCACCACAAAGGGUUCAUGAAUUGGUGUUGGAAGCAGUGAAAGAGGCCAUGAGGGAAAGAGAAAAUCUUAACACGGUGAGCGGAUCUACCUGA